AUGGAAGGAAUUUUAGAUAAAGAUUAUAAUAACAAUAAUUUAAUAGAAGUAAAAAUCAACACAGAUGUAAAUACACAAGAAGUUUCUCAAAAGUCCAUUAAACCACAUAAUGGGAAAUCUAUAAAAACAAUAAUUUGUUCACCAAACUUAAAAUAUGUUGCAACCUUUAGUGAAGAUGAUAAUUCAAUUGUUGGAUGGUUAGUUGAUGAUGUACAUUUGAAAAAUGAUAGAAGAUUAGAACCAGAAACAUUUUUUAGUCCUUCCAAUGAAUCACAACAAAAUGGUCAAUCAUCAAAUAUACCAAAGAUAACUUCUAUAAAAGCAGUAUCUGACCAAAAAUUUAUUGUUUUUGAAUCUAAUCUAGAUAGUUGUUAUUAUCUAUUUGUAAUUUCAUAUGAGAAUGAUCAAAUUUAUUUAUUUUCAUUGAAUUCAAAUGAAAAAAUCAGUGAAUUAACAUGUAAAACAACAUACAGCAUAAUUUUACCAAAACUAACAGCUUUUGAUCAUAAUAAUAAUGUUGCAAAAUAUUUUGUCAUCGCAAAUUCAAAUUUAUUGAUCAACAAUGGUAUCAUGAUGGCUUCACAAUGGGAUUUAACCAAAAUGAGAUUUGAGUUGCAAUAUUUUUCAGAUAUUUCAUUACCAAAUAAUUUCUAUAAAUAUAAUGAUAAUCAUGCAAUAUUUAACAAGGAUAAGACCUUAUUAGCAGUUUAUUUAUAUGUAGAAAAACAAUUAAUUAUUUAUUCAACAGCAUAUGGAACCAAGUUAACAACAUUGUAG